UCCGCGAGCUGAAUCCCCAUGCCACCAGGUGUUGCCAUUACCCCACCGACAUCAUCCUACUGCACGUCAUGGGAAAUCCCAUCGCCACACCAUCGCUAGUCAGGGCAUGGGCGUUACUCCACGAAUCCCGCCAUCAACAGUUAUUGCUUUUUUGGAAAGCAAGCCGAAGGUCUAGAAGUGGUGAAUCCCAUAGCAACUAUAACACACAUAUCCCCCCCGCCUGCUCCUUUGGGCCAGCUGCCACCCCAGCUAACCCGGAACGAUCUGCAACGGCAGGCGCGAAGCGAACCGCUAGUAAAGGCGGGGCUGCGGCCGCAGAGAGUCUCGUGAGUCCUCCAGGAACCACAAACCCAGACUCACCACUGCACUCCGGCUUCCCGUAGUUGUAUCAACCGACCCUCCUGCCGUACCAUCGUCAUAACACCGCUCCAUCUGACCUGUCGCAAUUUACCGCCAAGAUGCCACGAGACUUGCUAGCAGACAAAAAGACGCUCGAUGGCAUGCCCGAACUAUCAAGAGAGCCUGAGACCGUCGCUAGCCCAGAAUCCGUGGAGCAGCAAUCGAGUCUGGUACCCCAUCGCAGUUCCAACAUCGCUCAGGAGGGGAGGCUCAAACUGAUGGGCGUCCGACCAUACGCCUCAUUGCUAAACAUCGACGAUCUGGAUGAUUGCGAUUGGCUCGAGCAUGCAGCCUUUGAUCCAGUCGAGGCUGCAUCGCGCGAGAAGCUCGAAUACCGCCUGCGAACCUGUGGUGAACUCUGCAGUGGGCUCUUCUCUUCCGCCUACCCCACCACGUCAGGACCAUUAGGCGAGACCAUCAAGUUGCACUCUUUUCCAUCAAUAGACUCAACAGACACAGACCGGAAGCGGGUGAUAAUUGGUCACGUCAUCUCCACCAAAGCAAACUCCCCACUCGUUACCGAUGACGCUAUGGACUACCCCAAGGACUGGAAAACCAACUACCAGCUCACGCCAAAUGUAGGUCACAACGAAGACGGUCAGACGGUUUGUCUGCAUUCGUUAUGUGUACAUCCAAAUUUUGCACGCAAAGGGCUUGGCUCGAUAUUACUGCAAAGCUAUGUGCAGAGGAUCAAGGAUUCAGGUGUGGGGUCUAGAAUAGCGCUCAUCUGCAGAGACCGGUAUAUACCUUUCUAUGAAAAGGCGGGAUUCAAGAAAAUAGGUCCCAGCAAGUGCCAGUAUGGUGGAGGAAACUGGGUGGAUAUGGUGCUGGACUUUGAAGACAGUGGGGAUGAUGGAUGGGAGUACUAAGAGUAUGUUCAGAUGGAAGCGGGCCUUCUACAGGCUGGCAUACAAUCACGUCCGUAGAUGUCUGAGCGAUUCAAGAGCGUGUAGAAUGGAACAAAAAAGCAUGUGCAAGAUUUAGAUGUUCACGAGCACUGUGUUAGCCAAACAUCUGUCGUUGAAUAGUUGCCCAUUCAGCCUCGCUUAUCAAACCA